AUGCCAGUGCAACACACCUUUUUGGGGCGGCCUGUGAGCCUGCAGAUGCCCCCGCGGAGAUUCCAGGCGGUUUUCAUCUUGCUCGUGUUCCUGAUAGCCAGUCUGACCUUGUAUGGCCCCCCGUCCGCCGCAGAUCUGCCCACGUACGAAGAGGUGGCCGAAGUCGUCAAGAACCCGCAUCUACCUCACCUUCCCGACCUGCCAGUCGUCCACGUCUCCAACCCCUUCGGCCUGUCAGCACAUAAGCCGCCCGUCCAGCCCAACAGCACCAUCACCAGCACCAGCUCACACCGCGCCAUCGAAUGGCUAAGCGACUUCAAAUGGCGAAACCCCUUCUCUUCCAACGUUGCCCUCGACGAGAACCGCGCCGUGCUUCCCCCGCUCAAGGAGCGCCCGCCCAUCUACACGUACUACGAUGCGAGGGGCAAGCAGGACAAGGACCUCGGUGAGGCAGAGAACAGGCUGAUCCUGGCGUGGCGACGCGCGUGGUGGGCGCAGGGCUUCAGGCCGCAGGUGCUCUCCCGGGCCGAGGCCAUGCAGCACCCGCACUAUCAGCUUGUCCAGCGCAUGAAGCUCGACGCCAAGACUGAGGUUGAACUCAUGCGCUGGCUGGCGUGGGGAUACAUGGGAGGUGGUGUGCUUGCCGACUGGCUGGCGUGGCCCAUGGCAGAGUAUGAAAACCCCAUGCUGAGCUUCCUGCGCCGGAACGAGUUCCCCGGCUUGUCUCGGGUCGACGCUCUGGACAGCGCACUUUUCUUCGGCCAUGGAGCUGCCGUCAGCGAUGCAAUCAAAAAAGUCGUGAACAGUGACCUGCUGAAGAACGCCACGGCAAACCAGGACAAGGUAGCAGAGCUUGCAAAAAAGGAAGGCGGUGUAGUCGUGAACCUACUCCCAUCAACAGAUGUGACAGUCGACAAGAAGGCUAACGGAAUCGCCUACUACUCGACCGCGACCAUCGCCAGCACGUACAAGACAAUCGCCGAGAAGCUCACCAACAACACACAGGCCGAGGGCCUUGGUCUCCUGGCCAGUCUGAUCAACUCGCAUCUCCACUUGACUUUCCAGGAACAGUACCCAGAAGGCCUCGCAAUCGUGAAGCCACUUCCAGAACACACCACAGCCCUCAUGUACGAAGCAACGGACAUCGCUCGCAACCUAACCCAAUGUCCAACCACCCCCAUACCCAAGUCUUGUCCGCCCAACCGACCAAAGUGUACGCUUUGCGACGCGAAGAAACUCAUGAAACUGCAGAUGUUUCCGGAAUUCGUCAACACAACAAAAUUCUUCACCAUCGGAACCGUCCCACAUCCAUACACCAUCAACUCGUUGCACUACACCCGUGACACUCUUGAUGCUAACUUCCUCCGCAACAACGCAAAACGCGAUCUCUGGAUUUGGGCCUUCACACAAAAGUCGAUAGGAGGGAAACACUCCGAGUCCUACCGCCUGGUCAAAUUUAAGGAUCUCGUCGCAGCAGCCCCUUCACACGCCCUCUGGCUCACAGCCGAGCGCGUAACCCAAGCUGAUCUAGACUGGAUCUUCGGCUUCCAGCUACCUCAAACCUCGAGCCCUUCAGAUGAGGAUUCGAAGCUUACCAUCUUCCCCCGCCCUGGACCCCCAGAACCAAUUAAAGACAUCAUUGUCCCCGACGAACAGUGGAUCAAGAAAGAAGAAGAGCGUCUAAAGAAAGCGAGGGAGGCUAUCAAGAGCAAGGAUAGGUUCAUGCAGAGCACCGUCCAUGAAGUCGAGCAGUGGAAUUUGGCGGAUACCGAGGCCUGGAAGUUUGCUAGAGCCUUUUCGGCGCGCAGGAGGAUGGAGAGGAAGAAGUGGGAGGAGGAGGAGCGCAAGUUUGCGGGGAGUGAAAAGAAGGCUGGCUUCUGA